AUGGUUAAUUUUCUUGUAAUCGGUUUCCUCUUAUCUCUUGCGGCACAGGAUGAGGAGACCAUGUGCACGUCAGCCUCUGAGGGUCUGGAGGAGGGCGAGGUGGAGGGAGAAACUCUCCUCAUUGUGGAAUCAGAAGACCAGGCGUCUGUGGAUCUGUCUCACGACCAGAGCGGAGACUCUCUGAACAGUGACGUCGGGGAAGACGGAGAAGGAAGCUGGAACGAGGAUAUGUCCUUCUACUGUGACAAGUGCCACAAGUGGAUCCCAGCUGGCCAGCUACGCGGAGAGCAGCCAAGCUAUUUGAAAGGAGACAACUUUUUCAAGUUCACCUGCUCGGACUGCGCCGAAGACAGGAAGGAGAGUUUUGAGAGGAUGAGGCUGACCUGGCAGCAGGUGGUGAUGUUGGCCAUGUAUAACCUGUCUUUGGAGGGCACCGGACGACAAGGUUACUUCAGAUGGAAGGAAGAUAUAUGUGCAUUUAUUAGUCGGCACUGGACCUUCCUGCUUGGUUCUAGGAAGAAGACGUCGACAUGGUGGAGCACUGUGGCAGGAUGUUUGUCUGUCGGCAGCCCGACGUUUUUCCGUUCAGGAGCACAGGAGUUCGGAGAACCUGGCUGGUGGAAGCUAGUCCAGAAUCGGCCGCCUACUCUACGGCCCGAGGGGGAGAAAAGCUCUGCGGCUUCACUUAAAGCCAAAGGUACUCAUAUUUUGAAUUACAAUUAAUGCUUGGAUUGGCAUGUUUUGAAUAGUGUGAUUGUGUAUGGUUUGAGGAAGCGUGGGAGUCGGAACCCAGUGGAGAAUGCCAUGCAGCUGAAAGAAAAGCGUUCCCGAACACAGGAAGCUAAAGAGAUCCGGCGUGCGCAGAAGGAGGCGGCCGGGUUUCUAGACCGCAGUGCCUCAUCCACACCUGUCAAACUGGGCAAUCGUGUGCGGCGGUCAGAGCCGUAUCUGGAGAAGGGUGAAGUCAUUGACUUUUCCUCUCUCAGUUCCUCUGACAGAACCCCGCUCACCUCUCCCUCUCCCUCCCCUUCGCCCGACUUCUCCGCCCCUGGAACGCCCGCCUCACAGUCUGCUACGCCCAGUCUGCUGUCAGAGGCCGACCUCAUCCCAGAUGUCAUGCCCCCUCAGGCUCUUUUCCACGACGAUGAAGAAUUGGACGGCGAGGGCGUUAUUGACCCCGGAAUGGAGUAUAUUCCCCCUCCCAGCAUGCCUUUGGCCACCGGCACCAUCAUGGUCAGGAAAAAGAUACGUCCAGCAGAGCUGAUCAAACAAGAACUGGAGAGUGAAGAUGAAGAGCGGGGUAGAGAUGGUGAGGAAGACGAGGGCCAGGAUGAAGGCUUGUUGCCAGCAGGACGGGGGCGUGGGAUUGAGCGGAGAAAGGUUCUCCAGGAUAAGGGCGAGGGCUGCGUGUCUUUGCCCACCCCGCGCUACACGUUCAUCAGCCUUUACGAGGAGCGUAUGCUGCUGCACAGGCUGGAGGCGUGUCCGCAAGCGCUGGCCGUCACGCCACAGGCCAAAAGACUGCAUCGCAAGCUACUGGUGCGACAGGCGAAAAGAGAGCGAGGGCUCCCCCUGCUGGAUGUGGAUCAGGCCGUGAGCGCUACGCUCAGUCUAGUGGGGGGUGUGUACGGGGCACAAGGGGGUUUGGCCAGCCACAGGAGAAGCGAAGAGGAGAAAUACAGAACCACCAGCAAGGACCUUCGAAUACUUGAUCGCUUUCAGUCAACAGUGACUGUAAGAAAGGGGUUUUAUCAGCACACAGUGUCGUUCUGGCACAGGCUGAUGGGUUCUGAUGCCUGCAUGGAUCAGACCAUCAAGAGUCCCUACACGUCCAGAGUGCUCAAGCCGUACAUCAGGAGAGACUAUGAGAGUCGGCCGCUGAAGCUGCGUUUGCUCUCAGAGAUCCGUGCGUAUCCUCACAAGAAGGACCCAAAUUGGGCUGCUGAACCUGACGCACCUAUAGACUACUGCUAUGUACGGCCCAAUCACAUCCCUUCUGUCAACUCCAUGUGCCAAGACAUCUUCUGGCCUGGUAUUGACCUAUCAGAGUGCCUCCAGUACCCAGACUUCAGCGUGGUGGUGCUUUACAAGAAAGUUGUCAUCGGAUUUGGCUUCAUGGUGCCAGAUGUGAAAUACAACGAGGCCUACAUCUCCUUCCUGCUGGUGCAUCCUGAAUGGAGGCGAGCUGGUAUCGCCACAUUCAUGAUCUACCAUCUCAUUCAGACCUGCAUGGGGAAGGAUGUGACCCUUCACGUAUCGGCGAGCAACCCUGCCAUGCUGCUCUACCAGAAGUUCGGCUUCAAGACAGAGGAGUACAUCCUGGACUUUUAUGAUAAAUAUUACCCGGUGGACAGCAAAGAGUGCAGGCAUGCAUUCUUUCUGCGCUUACGCCGCUGAGGAGCCUAAGCUUUGGGUUUUGUACGUCAUGUAACUUUGUUGUCGUGUGACUCAGAUGUCAGUCAGGGAGUGUUUGUUAGUGUUAUCACAAUCAUAUCACAAUCGUUUGAGGCUUAGUGUGAUUUAUUUUAUAUUUGGUUCAAUGUUUAACCCAAAGCGAAGGAUUUGUUUCUCUGCAUACAUACACCAGCAAAAGUCUCUUCCUUCUGCACCAUAAACGCAGCUAAAUUAGUUUUUCGUAGUUUAAAAAUGUCUUUCUAUCACUUUUUUGUUUUGUUUUGUAUUCACACAGUUGCACAGAUAAAAAUGUUGCCACCUAUUAAUUAAAUAUCAAAAUAUUUCAUAA